UUGCUGUUCAAGAAAUUCGAGUAUAAAGAGCGCCGUGACCAUAAGCGCGUAGGCAACCGUCGAGUGUAUCUCGAGACCACGAAUCUCAAGGCCAAGAUGCUGGGCAAGCAUGCCCGCACCGUCAUUAUGCGCGAUGAGCCGAUACGGCCCCCAAGGAUUCUCCCCGUGGAAGACCUGACACCGGAGGAGAUCGACCUCGACUUGGAGCUCGAGAGGAUGAACAGGGGCGUCACCAUGGAGGAGGCGCUGGCUCACAUCGACGAGCUGCGUCCCAGCGACAGCAUCGUCUACCAGUCGGAGUUUGAGGAGUUGUUCGACAAGGUGCAUAACGGCUUCACAGUCGCGCAGGUGCGGGCGUACCUCAUCCGUGAGAGCUCGGCCGUCGUAAGACGAUCGGCAAAGGAGGAGGUGGAGUACGACUGGCUUGAAGGGAAGCAGUCCUGGACACCCGCGCGGACACUCGAGACUGCCGAGUUGCUGCCGAAGGAGAGGCUGGUCAUGACCCUGAUGAAGGAAGCCUGGAAGUUGGAGCUCAGAGAGGUGGUCGACGGUGUAGGCACACUUUUUACGAAGGCGAACGAGCUGUUCUUGUCUGUGUUGGCGAGGGAUGGCAAGCGCCUCAGUUUUAUCAGGGAUACCUACCUGGACGAGGGCGAGAAGAUCUUCGUCCACCGAAUGUUGAGAAUUCACGCCACCAAGGCCAAGACGGAUACGAUCUUGAAGGAGCUUGACAAGGCGGCGAAAGACAUGGUCAGCCACACAAUCGAGCCAGUAGGGAUUUCGAGAAACGAUGUCGACACUCGACUCCUGUCACAUCUCGGUCGGCUCAUGAAUUGUACCAUCACUCUCGUCCCGGGAAAGAAAACAAAGAUCCGUGUGUCGUGGCUCCGUGACGGGUCACCAGAAGAAGGCCGAGAACGUCCGGACAACGUCGUCCGACGUCUUCUACACACCGCUCUUUACCCCAGACAUUCUACCGUCACCCUCAAAUACCCAGAAGACGCCGAAGGCAGGCUCAUUCCUCAAGCUGGCGGGCGCGAAAAGCUGUCCUGGCUGGACAGGGUCACACAGUGGUCUCGCUGGAUGGAGCCGAUAGGUCGUCUUUCAUCGUAUGAGUCUGACGACCAUCUCAAAGUUAGCGAGGUCCUGCCGCGGCCGCUCCGGGCACCGCAGCAAGACUCGGAUGAGACCUGGAGCAAGCCUUACACCUCGGCCGUCGCCAGCUUUGGUCAAAUCCUCCACCAGAGCACCGGCAGCUUCAGCAUCGACGACGCCGCCGAGAACAUCACCCACAUCUUCUCACCAACCUCCCCUCCUCCCGCCAGUCUAGCCACCCUUUCCGACGCCGUCACGAAAGCCGGUCCCGUCACGACGUCUCUCAUCCUCACCUUCCGUCCCCACCCGACAGUCGCAGGGAACUUAUCCCGCGACCUCCCCGGCCUCCUCGAACUGCACCUCACCGUCCCCGACGACCUACCCGAAGGCCCCCUCACCUGGGACUCCUGCCCCAAGCGUCUCGUCGCCGUCCAACGCUCCAACAUCGUCGACGUCGCAUACCCCUCACAGCCCAUCGACCUCCGCAUCUCCCAGCCCGACCUACGAACCAUGUCCGCCUCCGCCCUCGACUCAUCACCCUUCCGCGAGUACAUCGACUCCGCCAAGCUCGACCUCCUCGCCGGCCGCCUCGGUCCCCCGCCGCAGAUCACGCUCUCGGGGCUCCCCUCGGCCACCCGCGCCGGCGGGACGAUCGACGCGCCGGUCGACUACAUGUUCACCGGCCUCGAGAUGCGCCGCACGCUGGAGGCCGAGUACCAGGGCCACAAGCUCCAGUACAACAGCAUCCAGGCCGGCCACCACGGCGGUCGGCGCGCGGAGCUGGUGCUCGAAGCCACGCCGCCGGACGAGUCCCUCUCGAAACGGGAGAAGACGGCACAUACCGAGAAGUACAUCCGCCUCGUCGAGGAUCUUGCCCGGGGAGACGUAGUCAAGUGGGUUGGAGAGAGGGACCUGGCGGCAGAGCAAGCCGGCCCCGUCAGGAAGGUCGCCGAACGGCACGCGCCGGCCAGAGAGGCUCCGCAGGAGAGCGUGUCGUUGCCUGUCGACGAGUUUCUCGCAUCGAAGAAGCAACAGGGGGAAGCUGGCCUCGCCGCCGAUGAGGGCGAGCUUCAGCAAGAAGUCGAUAGACCCGUCUCUGACGGGACCAUGUGGUCGGAGGAAGACAACGGUGCCGGGGCGGCUUCGGAAGAGGGGGAUCAGGGCGAGAAGCCAAAGGACGGCGGUGAGGUGUAA